UUAAGAAUCGAAUGGUAAAUUGCUGUAGAUGUUCUUCUUUGUUAUAGCAGCCACAAUCUGAUCUAAAUCUAAUUUUAGGUGUUCAAAUGUACAUGUGUGUAUGUUCAGUUUGCAGUUUCUAUAAACUUAAAAUAAUGGGUGUCAUUGUGAUCAACAAGUGGUGAUUUAGUCUGCUGUCACCUUCCAGUAGCUACAAUCUAGUUUAAGACAGCAUAGAUGAACUCUUUAACCUUUUCUAAGCCACUGCUGCAGCUUUUAUUUAGAUUUAGAUUUUAAGGUGACAAGCAACAUGUAGCUGCUUUCUGUGAUUAAGAUUAAAUUACAAGAUUUUUAUAUUGAUCCUCAAUUGAGAAACGCAACUCAUAAACAAGAGUUGCUUGAAUUACUGAACCGUAAAAAUGCACCUAAACAGAUGUGGUUUUGUUACAUCGGGUGCACACCCCGUCUUUCCUGUUCACUCACAAGGGGAACAAGCGAGGAAGAAACUCACUGUAAUACAUCCUAUUAUGUUUAUCAUGAAUGGAGCAUAAUACUGUAGGGGGAUAUAUUCCAUUUUUCGAAUCACAGGCUUCAAGCAUCUUGCAAUUCAUUUAUCAUCGCACUGAAGAUGGACAAAGAUUUUGGGAAUGACACAUACGAUUAUGAAAACUAUACAGAGACUAUAUUCCUGACGAACUGUGAUGCUGAGGAGAGUGGUCUGCAGACCUUCAAUGCCGUGUUCCAACCCGUGCUGUACAGCUUGUUCUUUCUGCUGGGCGUGGCAGGGAACGGUCUGAUGAUAACCGUCCUCCUGAGACGUUGGCGCCUCCUGCGCAUCACCGAGAUCUACCUGCUGCACCUCGCCCUGGCUGACCUCAUGCUCCUUUUUACGUUUCCUUUCGAUGUAGUCGGCAACGCCACCGGUUGGGUGUUCGGGGUGUUCCUCUGCCAGCUGAAGGGCCUGUUGCAAAAUCUUAACCUCCACUGUGGGAGCUUCCUUCUAGCUUGCAUUGGGUUCGAUCGCUAUUUGGCCAUCGUUCAUGCUAUUCCUAGUAUGCAAAGUCGACGUCCGAGAACAGUGCACAUAACGUGCAUUUCAUUAUGGCUGCUUUGUUUGGGUUUAUCAAUACCAAAUGCUGUGUUUCUCACUGUGAGUGAAGAAGCCAUGAACUCAUCCAGGCUCUCCUGUUCCUAUCAUCUUUAUGGUGUGGAUGCACACAACUGGGUUUUGACCAAUAGGUUCUUUGAUCACGUGUUCUUUUUCCUACCUCUGGCCGUCAUGACCUACUGUUACACAGCAGUGGCAGUUACUUUGCGCAAAAUUAAGAAAAGCCAAGCGAAACGAUGGGCAAUUCGACUGGCUUUACUUGUCACGCUGGUCUUUUUCUUCUGUUGGCUGCCAUAUAAUAUCACCUUACUGAUAAUAACCAUGGAGGACCUGGGUGUUAUCUCAUAUGAAACCUGUGACAUGUACGUCCUACUGCAACCAGCCCUUGUUGUGACGAAAAGCCUGGGUCACUCACACUGUUGCCUGAACCCUUUCUUGUACGCCUUUGUUGGGGUGCGGUUUCGCAAUGAGCUAAUACAGUUACUUUGUAAAUUGGGCUGCAGCCGCAUUUGCCUCCCCUUCAUCAGAACUCCAGAUCACAGUCGACCAUCCAUGUCUGAUGGAGCAACCACCACCAGUACCACACUCAUCUAAUAAACUCUCAUACAACCUCAGCUGUAAAUCAAAUGCUUCUGUUCUACAGUAUUUCACUUGUGGGUGUUCCUGCAACUACGGGCAUUUUUAAGUCCCAGCAAUGAAAUUUUGGAUUUUGUUGAAAUUUGCAGUGCAACACUUGAUAAAUACAUACAGUGUUAUUACCCAUCUUGACA